AUGAAGAACACAUUUUCCAUCCUGUGUGCCUUCAGCGCGUUGCACAUAAGCAGUGUGACUGCUGCGACAAUCUAUCUUGCAGGCGACUCUACCAUGGCAGCUGGCGGCGGUGGCUCAGGGACUGAUGGAUGGGGCCAAUAUAUUGCAUCCUAUCUCACCCUAAACGUGAGCAACCAAGCAGUGGCUGGACGAAGUGCUCGCUCCUACACACGAGAAGGCCGCUUCAACACCAUCGCCUCCGAACUCAAGUCUGGCGACUUCGUCGUCAUCGAAUUCGGGCACAACGAUGGCGGUUCUCUCACUCCGACCGACAACGGCCGCACCGACUGCCCGGGUAAUGGAACCGAGACAUGCUCAACUGUCUACGAUGGCGUAGCCGAAACCGUCUUAACUUUCCCAGCCUACCUGGAAAACGCAGCUACAACAUUCAAAGCCAAGGGCGCCCAUGUAAUUAUCGCCAGCCAAACACCUGAUAACCCUUGGGAAACUGGUACUUUUGUAUACUCACCGAAUCGGUUCUGGGGUUAUGCUGAGUUGGCUGCCGAGGUAUCUGGGGUUAACUAUGUUGAUCAUGGAGGCUAUGUGGCAAGCAUCUUUAAAACGUUGGGAGAGACUACUGUGGACUCGUACUACCCAAUAGAUCAUACACAUACCAGUGUUGCGGGCGCGAAGGUUGUGGCGCAGGCUUUUUUGAAGGGGGUUGUUUGUGAUAAUGUGAUUUUGAAGAAUUAUCUGACUACGACGAGUUUUGAGGGAGUGUGUCUGUAG